AUGUUUGAUGAUGGCGUUCACAAGGUUGGUAAUCAAGGUUUGCUUCUUUCUUGCCAUGCCCCUGUCACUGCACUUGAUGAGGAAUCUGGGGCUCCAUACGCUUGGAGGGGUCAAUGGUCUUUGACUACCUCACAGGUCAAGGUUGCCGCUUGUCCAAUUGGGGCCUUGGAACCCAAGACUUCUUCCUUUUUGUCAAGACUUGGCGAAACUUACGUGACCCCUGCCGGCCCCAAGUGGAGUCAGUGCUUGCCACCCCGUGUGCUGGAGCAGGCCUCCUUCCAGGCCAUGAUCCAGCAAGCGCAAACUCUAGACUGCAUUGCAUUUAGGUUGCUACCAAAAAAAGAUGCACUUGCUGGUUCCAUACUCAAACACUGUGUGAGUGUUGCUGGCUGCUUGAUUGAAAAGCAUAGACCUCUCAUCUUUAAGAUUGGUGUGACGCACAAUGCUGUGUGGCGCUGGGAGAACGUGUUGUACGGCUACGGGGUAGCUCGAGAGCUGUGGUCAAGCAUGGUGGUGAUGUACAUUUCAGAAGAACCUUACAGUGUAGCUAUGCUGGAAGCUGCUUUGAUAGACAAAUUCUGUAGAGCCACAUCUUUCAGAGCUGCUAUAAGAACAGCCCGAGGAGUAGUAGCAGACCUUGGCCAGGCUGCUUCCGCCUCUGGUGGUUUGAGGGAGCUCGCCUCUUGCUCUUUGACAAACUCAGAGCGAGAUGGACACCAGGUCAUCGCUGAACGGUUUGAACUGUCUUUACCAGUUGAGAAGACGGUGUUGCCUAAAAGUGCAGAUGUUACGUACACUGGAGAGCUGGUUGUACUCAAGCUAGAGUCUUGGAUGCGCUUCAUGGCUGAGAAUAACGUCUGGCAUGCUUUAUGUGGCCUGCACAAGCCCGACGCAGAACGAGAGCGGGCUAUUCUUGAGGCUUUUUGGAGAAACUAUCGAGCUUUACAUCCGACCCACAAAAUGUGGGACCUCGUGGACUCUGGCCGCCUUGAUGUUUCCAGAUGCGCUCCGCUCUUGCUACACGGAGACGAAGGUCGCGGUAGAAAGAAAACACCGUUCCUUUGCAUCUCGUUCCAUUCGGUGCUAGGGUUUGGCACGACUUCAGCAAACUCCCAGCGAACCCGCAGACCGUAUGCAUCUAUGAGACUCAAUUUUUCUGGCAGUUCAUGGUUGCAUAGACUUUUGUCCGCAGUACUUCCUAAGAUGACGAGAGACGAACAAGCUUUGGAAGAUCUGCUGAAAUGCUCAGCCACGUCUGCCAUCAAGAUGAUGGAGGAGGGUGUGAGCAACGGGCGAGGACAACAGUUCUUCGCAGUGGUGCUCAACGUUGUUGGGGACUGGGCAUGGAUGGUGAAGAGUGGAUGCCUGAACAGAUCGUACCAAAACGUUCAGAAAGUCCCUUUGACGGCCCGAAGCCAACCUAAGGGCAUAUGCCACCAGUGCCUGGCCGGAAGGCCCAACAUCCCGUUUGAGAACUUUCGCACCUACGGCGGAGAUGGUGAACAUCCAGACUGGUGGCCGUCAAUGUGUACUGAGUCUCCCUUCAGCAGAAGGCCGGCGCUUCUGGAUAUCCCCUACAUUCCAGGGGAAGAGCCAUGCUUUUGGUCAUUUGACCUUUUCCAUGGGAAAGACGUUCUGCGGUGCACUGAUGGCAAUAGCUUCGGAGCAAAUGGGAUCGUCCAGUAUAGACGCCAGAAUGGCAGAGUUGACGGAACAUUUGAUGGAUUACUGUGA